AUGAAAUCCUCCAGCUCAACUGAAGUUGCUUCUGCAGAGGAGCAAAUCUAUGACAGAAUAAGCGAGUUGAUAGCUUUUGAUGAGACGAAAGCUGGUGUUAAGGGACUGGUUGAUGCUGGAAUCACCAAGGUUCCUCGGAUUUUCUUUUCCCCAGUGGAUGGAUUCGACAAGGUUUCUGAUCCCGGAAAGUUUGAAUUCUGUAUUCCUGUUAUAGAUCUUGAUGGUGUUGAAAAAGAUCCUGUUUCCCGUAAACAUGUAAUGGACAAAGUCCGGGAUGCAUCAGAGACAUGGGGUUUCUUCCAGGUGAGCAAUCAUGGGAUCCCAGAUGGUGUUUUGGACGAAAUGUUAGACGGGGUGCGGAGGUUCUAUGAACAGGAUACAGAGGUCAAGAAAGAAUGGUACACUCGAGAUGGCUCGAAAACUGUUGUGUAUAACAGCAAUUUUGAUCUAUUCAGGGCAGCUUCAGCUAACUGGAGGGAUACAACUUACUGCAACAUGGCUCCUAAUCCUCCCAGUCCAGAGGAUUUGCCUAAAGCAUGCAGAGACAUUCUGAUUGAGUACUCCAGUAAAGUAAGAAAAUUGGGUCACUUUUUAUUCGAAUUAUUAUCUGAAGCCCUUAAUCUUAAUUCGAACCAUCUGAAUGGCAUGAAUUGUGCCGAUGGGCUUGCCAUUUUGUACCAUUACUAUCCAGCAUGCCCCGAGCCCGAACUGACUUUAGGAGCAAGCAAGCACGCUGACUACGACUUCCUCACUGUGCUGCUUCAAGACCAUAUUGGAGGGCUUCAAGUCUUGUAUCAGAACCAAUGGGUUGACAUUCCCCCUGUCCCUGGAGCUCUAGUAGUUAACAUUGGAGAUCUUCUACAGCUGAUAUCAAAUGAGAAGUUCAAGAGCAGCCAACAUAGAGUGCUAGCAAACAAGGCUGGCCCAAGGGUAUCAGUGGCAAGUUUCUUUACUACUGGUUUGGCACCAUCAACAAAGAUUUAUGGACCUAUUAAGGAGUUGUUAUCAGAAGAUAAUCCUCCAAAAUAUAAAGAAACUUCUGUGAGAGAGUACUCUUUACACUACAAUGCAAAAGGGAUUGGAGGGACUUCUGCCUUGUUGGAUUUCAGGCUCUAA